GGCUCGAAGUUGGACUUUCGCCUCAACAUCAAAGCCGAGCAACACCACUUCCCUGGAAUCGUCCGGACCCAUACAAACUAUACCUCGUGGUCGUGACAAGCUCUACAGGAAAUCUUCAGGAUGUCUCGGAUAACAACGGCGUGUUGCGGACUAUCACGAUUGCCCCGUGGAGCUCUGGCCCAACCCCUCUACCGGCAUCUACACCCCAAAUCGAAAUCGCCAUCGAUCCAAGGAACGUUUUCGUACGCCACCCAGGCUCCCAUUCCUAGCUCGGCUACCACUCAGAAAGCCCCAGUAGGUGCUGCCAAGACUGGAUCGGAUGUCGAGAAAGUUCAAUUCACACCAAAGAUCGAAGAAUUGGUUCAAACUAUCAGUCAAUUGAGCUUGUUGGAGGCCGCUGAAUUGGUUGACGCUUUGAAGUCAAGACUGAAGAUUACCGAAGUAGCUAUGCCUGUCCAAGCCCCUUCCAGUAGCGGACAAUCUAGUGAUGCUGGAAGCGCAAAAGAAAAGAAGGCGGAACCUGAAAAGCCGAAGGAGAAGACAGUCUUCAGUCUAACCUUGACACAAAUCGAUGCCACCCAAAAAGCUAAGGUCAUCAAAGAAGUCAAGACUAUUAUGCCCAACAUGAACUUGGUCGAGGCCAAGAAAUUCGUGGAAAGUUUACCCAAACAACUCAAAGAGAACGGAACGAAGGACGAGAUUGAAAAACUAAAGAAAGCCUUAGAAAGUGUAGGUGCAACAGUCAAGGUCGAAUAGAUGUCGAGAAUGUGAUAGGAUAGCGUAGCGAUGGUGCACCCUUAUCAAGACAAUAAAAGCCCCGAUUUCGUGUGUAAAAGUGAAUGAGUUGAACUCCUUAACUCGACUCAACCAUUAGCCGGACGUGAACUUGGAGCGCUCUUGAAUGCAGCUGAUUGCACCAACUCGACAAUCCAGUCGACUAUAAUUCUUACACCAUUAUGCCAUGGAUCCUUCACUUUUGCCGCUUAUCCAAUCUCUGUCUCUAUGAAGCAAUGCAGUUGUAGAAAGUUCUUCUCAUCGAUUUGGCUUUCAAACCCAGGUUUCAAAUGUAUCUCAUAUCUCCUUGUCGCUCGAACUUAUCAUGAGAUGAAAGGCUAUAUAAGGAGGAUCUCACCUUGGAGUAGAGUUCUAGACACUCUUGGCCGUGUUAUCAAUUGCUCUGAGAAGAUUACACUUGCCAAUCUGAUCUGAAUGGCUCAUUGUUGCUGCAUGCCAGGAUCCUUAUAUGUUUAGACUUUCCAAGUGAAUUAAGGUACAUAAUCAGAUCAAGGAUUGGGACUCCUGCAUAUUCCAGCUGGAUCAGCAAAGUUUGGUAAUUUUGCUGGAAGAUCAGG